AUGUCUACUACUGUCCUUACCUCUCCUCCUCCUCAAAAUGCCCCAUCAAUAGCUAUAACAUCGGCGUCCAGCUCCAGCAUUUGUGUCGACACACAAGCGACACAAAACAACAACCAUCGCCACACGGACGACGAAGUUACACUCGAGAAGCCGCUUCGGAUCCCGGUUGUCGUUCUGGACCAAGACGUAGUAUCCGUGACACUGGCAGCGCGUAUAUCAAUGGCACUGCUGGGUCAUAUGCUCUUCCUCAAAGGACAGAUUCCACUACCUGUGACACAGUUGCCCCGUAUACACGCAUCGGAAGGGAACUCGUCGAAGCAGAAGGCAAGGAAGAAGAGACAGGAAAUGGUCGAUGCGCUUUCCACGCUCUCAUCAGAUUUGCACUCUACCUUCGCGUCUCUCUCGACUGCCAUAGCAAACGCACACACCCAGAACUCCUCGCCAACACACUUCGUUAUUGUGUUCGGACCUUUGACGGCACCAAAGGCUCGCGUGAUACUCGUGCUCGAUGGGCUGGAAAUUCGCGUACACGAGACUCAGGACCACCAAAACAGCGACGAAGAAAGCGCCAGCGAAGACGAAAAUGACAACGUCAGCCUAGCCGCGGACGGUACGCAUGAUGAUAGCAGUGAUGACGAAUGGCCUCCAUCCUCAAGAUCGCCUUCACCCGGCAGCGAGACUUCUUCGCGUAAAUCACUCCCACAAUCGACUGUACUCCCUCCCCUUGCUCCACCCAGUAGGGCACCACUCUCACCCUCCUCGACCCUCACCCUCGUUUCGGACCCAGUGCGAACACCUCUCUCAGACAUAUCUGCAACUCCUUCAGCACAGCCGAAGCGCUUUCCCAGUCCGCCAGUGCCGUCACGAGUGACCGUAGUUUCCAAAGAGAACUUCUCACCGUCACCCUCUGGCAGCACAUCACACGUAGAAUCUGAACUGCGCGCGGCGGAACGGCUGCUUUCGCGGACACUCGUUGAUGCUACCGGAGAGACCAAAGAGGCAAUACCGCCUACAAUGGAUUUCUUGGGCAAAGAAUUGCCGCCCAUGGACAUACAUAUCCUCAUUCAUGCUCCGAGACGGUUCCGGCAUUCUCGAUGGACACCGCGCACGCAAAUGUCUGCGACCAUGGACAGCGUUUUGGAACACUUCCUGGCAGACUGUGGACUCGCGGACACGGGACACUCUAAUGAAGACACCCCUAUCGGGAUGGUAAAAACCCGGAGAACAGCGAAGGGUUCUCUGACACAAGGCGUGUGGGUCGGCUGUCGGAGGUCCAACCCAAGGCGUACCACAGAAGCUGCUUCAAAUGACAAGACGUGCGAUGAUUUCGACUGUACCAGCGAAGAAGAUGAUGAUGACGAAGACGAAUUGAUGUGGUGGAGCUGGAACGACAAGCUCGUGGGCUUCGACGAUUGGUAAUGCUCGUAAACCAUUGGGACUGG